GCGAGCCACUGGCAGGCGAGGGAUGAUUGCCCCUCAGAACCAAGACAACCGUCCGGAAGCUGCUCUAUGACAUGGUGAUUUUGGAUGAGGAGCGACUUGGGUGUGGGCUUUAGUGUGUGUGUGUGUGUGUGUGUGUGUGUGUGAGACAGACUGGAAAAGGCAUCAGUCCGUGUUGGAGGGGGUCCUGAAACGUCAUAUCCAAGGACGGUGGAAGGAGCUCGAUACUGGGGCAUUUAAAUUAAUACAACGUCACCAUGAAGUGCGGACUUAUUCAGUUUCUAUUCGCGUUCCCUCUCGUCGGCGGGUCGCCCUUCCAGCAUGCCGUGUUUCAGGGAAACUCUCAUUCCGGCAGAGAAACGCGAUCGAGAAACAAAAACUGGUGCGCGUACGUCGUGCACAAGAACGUGAGCUGCGCCGUGGCGGGCGGCUCGGAGAGCUCCGUGCAGCCGGAGGUGUUCCCGUGUCCCCCGGAGACGCCAAACUGUGCGCAACAAGUGAUAUACCGGACACAAUUUAGGCCCAUGUAUAAGAUUGCUUACAAGACCGUAACGGAGCUGGAGUGGAGGUGCUGCCCGGGGUACCAGGGCCACGACUGCUGGGAGGUGAAGGACGUUAAACUGCUCCAAGUGGAGCGCGUGCCCCAUGCGCCCUCUGGACAUGUUCCAGCCCCACGAGCUCCGGAGCAGCGCUCAGAGACCCAGAGCAACCAUCCCUGGGGGCAGGAGGGGCAGUUUGGAGGUCAGGCAGGUCACAAGCCCGCGGGGGUUGACGGAGGAUCCCAAAGUGCACAACACCUGGAGGAGGAGGUGCAGAAGCUCUCCCAGAUGGUCCUCGACAUGCAGGCGAGAAUGACAGACAUGUCCUCCAAUCUGAGACUGGACUUCCAAGAGGACGCCAGCAAAAUGCUGCUCACGCUGCUGAACAACCACAGACCGCCUGCCACCGCGAGAGGCGAAGAGACGCACACCGUCCAGGUGCAGGACUUCUCUUUCGGGAGCGAGACGACGCAGAUGGACGAGGUCAUGAACAAGAUCGGCCAGGUCUCGGACGAUCUGGAGUCCAAGGGCAAUGCCCUGGACGACCUGCGGGGUCGCGUCGACCGUCACGGCGAGCAGAUUCAUCUGCUGAUGGAGGCCGCCCACGACCAGCUGUCCACUGCCCCUCCCGGCCCCCCAGCCGGGGACGCCGACCUGCGCGCCUACCUGGACGAGAGGAUCGGCGCACUAAGAGAGGAGUUGACGGGGGGCAUGGACAUCAAACUGGCAGACAUGAAGAACCUGUGCGAUUAUAAAUUAAUGUCGGUUCAGGAGCAGUGUGAGGGACAAGAAACCAACUACCUCGGCCUGGCGGAGCUCAUGGACUCAAAAGAAACGGACCUCCGCAACGAGAUCCAGGACCUUAAGACCAAGCUGGGUGAUCCGGGAAAGGAAAACGCCCGUCUUGCGGAGAACCUUGAGAUCUGUCUGAACUCAUCUGGGAAGACUGAAGCUUCCUGUUGCCUCUCCGUAGAGGAGAAGAUGAAGAAACAUCAGGCUGAGGCCAUCAGGGACCUGAGGGAGACUCUGGAGGACAAGCUGACCUCCAUGGAAGACACACUCACGUCUCUGUUGGUAGACACAAGCAACCACUCAUCAGGCGGUCUUCUGACUGAUGAAGACCUCAGCCAACAGAGCUCCCAGAGCUGUAGAACUGCUAUCAAUGCUAUGGAGACUCGUCUAAAAGCCCAAUUAAAUGGCCUUGGGACCAUUGAGGGGAAGCUCCUCAACUUCAGCGCCAGCAUUGAGAACCUUCACGGUGAGUUGAGCCAUCUGAAAGGGCGUGCGGGCAAGUUGGAGGACUCGCUGUCGGACGUCGUCGAGCAGCGGCCUCCGUUUCACAACGCCACGCGGGCUCGACUGGGGGCCGAGCAGGAGGCCGAGGACCUCCUGGAGCUCCACAGGACUCGGCAUCAGGAGCUGAGGAACCGCCUGGACGAGCUGGGCCGGCGGGUGAAAGCCGAGGCCGACCUGUGCAGGGGUCAAACCGAAGACGUCGGGAGGGAGAUGGCGCAGAUGGGCAGCCGCGUUGGGAGCGUGGAGAGUUUAUGCGGCAGGCUCGAGCCUUUCUCCGACAGCCUCCACAGGAUCAAGGAGGGUCUGAAUAAACACGUGACUGGGUUGUGGACUUGUGUCAACCGGCUGAAUGGGACGGUAAAAGCUCACGCCCGCGACAUUGGAGGACUGAGGGGAACUUGCGUCGGCCUCCAGCACGGCAUAUCUGAUGUAGCCAGAGACCUUCAGGCGCUAACCAGCGGCGACGCCCGAAAGACCGGUCUUCAGGCCGCCGUGGAGGACGCAGGACCUCUCCAGGCUUCGAGUAAGACCCUCACUGGGCCAGCUGCCCCCCAGGAGGCCUCCCUCCCUCAACCGCCUGUGAUGGAGACCGGAGAGGCGGGACCCCCCGGCAAGAUGACCUCGUCCAAGCUGCCCAGAGGGACGGACGGCAGCAUGAUGCCUGUUUUGGGUUUUGCUGGAGCUCCAGCUCACCCAGUCAAACCCGCUGAUGCACUAAAACCCGGCACGCUGGUCGUCUCAGCAGGUGCGAACGCGCACCGCGGACCGUCGCGGCAGACGGCGCCAGGUGUGACGCCGUCCUUCUCGGCCGGCCUGACGCUCCCGCCCUUCCCGGGACGCGCCGGAAUCGUUCGAUUCAACAAGGUGCUGGUCAACGACGGAGGACACUACGACGCGCACACGGGCAUCUUCACGGCUCCGACGGACGGCCGCUACCUGGUGACCGCCGUGCUGGCGGCCCGGCGGGGCGAGAGGCUGGAGGCCGUCCUGUCCGUCUCCGACCGCAGCGUGCAGCGGCUGGGCCCCACGGGGCCGGCGGGGCCCCCGGCGGGCGGUCAAUGCGACUGCGGCGGCUCGGCCUCGCUGAGCCUCGUCCUGCCGCUGAGGAGAGGAGACCGAGCCGGAAUGGUCGUCACCGCCGGGGAACUCGCCGCCUCGGCCUCCUCCGAGGUGCUGUCGUCGUUCAGCGGCGUGCUGCUUCACGCCGGCCCGUCGGAGCGGUAGCGCCGCUGCUUAUAGAGACGCCUGGUUGGAAGCGUGCGUCACUGGGGACGCGUAAAGGAGGGAGAGGAAGAAAAGGAAGAGGAGAAAACCACCUCCGAACUCCCUUACUUGCGUCAUUAGUACUAAUAUGCAGCGUGUUUAUGACCUCGGUUCUAAACAGAAAUACUAGCUUGAACAUUUAAUUAAAUACCAAUUGUUAAAUGCUAAAAUUCUAAUUGCAGUUAAUCCAAUUUAUCCACUUUCUUUUGAAAUCAGUCAGUUUUUUUUCUCCUUACAAUUCAUACCAGUUCUCAUUAUUGCAGAUAUCUGGUUUAAGCUAAAAGAGUCAACACUCGUUGUUAGUACAGCUUUUUUUAGUAUUAUAUUAUUAUAGAUAUUAUAUUAUUAGUACAGCCAAGACAAAUUCCUUGUAUGUUUGGCAUAUUUUGGUAAUAAAUGUUUCCUGAUCCUGUUUCCUGAUCCUUGCGCUUUUAUGAAAGAAUCAUCCAACAUUUGAGUCAACAGUUUAAUUGAAUACUAAUACAAUACAUGUAAUACAGAGUUCAUACUUUACACUAUAAAUGACUUUAAACAGUUUUUCCUGAGCUCAUCUGUCACCGGUUAACAAAUGCAAAGUAUGGAAAUACUCCUUAAAGUUGAUCACUUUCAUAGAAAGAAUGCUUUAAAGUGAAUUGCAGCUGUUACUGAGCAUUAGAAGGAUGAAAACAGAAAUAUGUAUUACAUUACUAUACUUUUCACAAUGGCAAAAUCAAAACAAUCCUGAUUUGGGAAAAUGACGUAACCCCAAAUAGCAGCAGUAUUCCAUGUACACAAAGUGCAGUUAUGCAAUUAUUAUGUACAAGCCAAAUAAUUUCCCAGUUUGUCCUUUCAAGGGUAAUAGUGCAAAACCAUUAAGCUUUGGAGCAAAGAUGUAAGACAUUAAAUAAAACCAAUAAAAAGGGUGAAUAAGGCCUUAAAUGGAUGAAAACACUGUUCAUGUUGCUUUUUUUUGACAGCUUAGUAUAAUUUUACUCCGUACAUAUUAAGCAAGUGGCCAAUUUUAGCACUUUUAGGGAAUUUCUU